CCAGCUGCUCUGCGACUUCUCGCCUCCUCUCCAUCUUUCCUCCCACAGCGGCCGCUCGGCCCCCGCCCCCUCGUCCUCCCGGCGGGUCUUCCCAGGCCGCUCUGGCCCGAGCGUCCCCUCGUCUCUCUGAUCUGGCCCAUCCGGCUCCGGAGGGAGGCGCGGGUGGGUGAGCAAGGGAGUUCGUCUAUGGGGUCCAGGCCCAAGCCCCUGAAGACGGACUCCGCCCCCGACACCCGCUCGCGCCCCGCCCCUGGCUGGAGGGGUCUCUCUCGGAUCUUCCGGGCCUGGCCCGGCACGACCCGCACCCUCUAUGGAGGCCCCCGCCGGGCUGUAGAGCCCUUCGCCCCCUGGGGAUCCACCCGUAUAUAAGGUCCGUUUUGGCCUGCAGCGGCCCGCCUUUAUAACUGCUGGACACCGUUUAUGGGGUCAGCUAGCCUGUGGGGGCCCGUGACUAUAAGGGACUCCCACGGUCCCUAGGAGUCGGCCUCGUCCAUAACGACCCCAUUUACGGGUCCUUCCAUGGGUCUGUAGGACCUACUCCGCGGCUUCCAGAGCCCGUCUACAGCGGCGGUUCCCUUCGUGGGGUCUGCAACUCCUGGACCUCCCUGGUCUACAAGGCCAUGUCCCGUCUAUAGAGGUCACAUUUGCAGGGCCUCACGCCGCGUGGAGGGUCCUCUCCCGGUCUUUAAGGCCUGUCCCGUCUGUAAGAGUGCGGGAGGCGGCGAUGGCCCUGGGCCUGGCUCUGGCCGUGGCGCUGGCUCUAUCUUUGGCCCUGGUGGGGCCUCUGAUACCUGGGGCCCAGGCAGGGGACUGCAAGGGGCAGCGGCAAGUGCUGCGGGAGGCGCCAGGCUUCGUGACGGAUGGUGCGGGCAACUACAGCGUCAAUGGCAAUUGCGAGUGGCUCAUCGAGGCCCCAAGCCCCCAGCACCGGAUCCUGCUGGACUUCCUUUUCCUGGACACGGAGUGCACUUACGACUACCUGUUCGUGUAUGAUGGGGACUCUCCCCGAGGGCCCCUGCUUGCCAGUCUGAGUGGGAGCACUCGGCCUCCACCCAUCGAGGCCUCCUCAGGCAAGAUGCUGCUGCACCUCUUCAGCGAUGCCAACUACAACCUGCUGGGCUUCAACGCGUCCUUCCGCUUCUCCUUGUGCCCCGGGGGCUGUGGCAGCCAUGGGCAGUGCCGGGCCCCCGGGCAGUGCGCCUGCGAGCGCGGCUGGGGGGGCCCCGACUGCAGCCUGCAGGAGUGUCCCACCUACUGCGGCAGCCAUGGCACCUGCGCCUCGCCCCUGGGACCGUGCCGCUGUGAGCCUGGCUUCCUGGGACACGCCUGUGACCUGCACCUGUGGGAGAACCAGGGGGCCGGCUGGUGGCACAACGUGAGUGCCGGGGACCCUGCCUUCUCGGCCCGGAUCGGGGCGGCCGGUGCCUUCCUGUCCCCGCCGGGGCUACUGGCCGUUUUUGGAGGCCAGGACCUCAACAGCGCCCUGGGGGACCUGGUCCUAUACAACUUCUCUGCCAACACCUGGGAGCGCUGGGACCUGAGUCCUACCCCGGCUGCCCGGCACUCCCACGUGGCUGUGGCCUGGGCCGGCUCCCUGGUGCUCAUGGGUGGCGAGCUGGCCGAUGGCUCCCUCACCAGCGAUGUGUGGGCCUUCAGCCCACUGGGCGGGGGCCACUGGGAGCUCCUUGCGCCACCUGCCUCGGGUUCCUCGGGGCCACCAGGCCUGGCAGGUCACGCGGCCGCCCUGGUGGACGACGUCUGGCUCUAUGUGUCUGGCGGCCGCACCCAGCACGACCUCUUCUCCUCCGGCCUCUUCCGUUUCCGCCUCGAUGGCUCCAGCGGAGGCUACUGGGAGCAGGUGAUUCCAGCAGGUGGGCGACCCCCUGCCGCCACCGGCCACUCCAUGGUGUUCCAUGCACCCUCACGCACCCUGCUGGUUCACGGUGGACACCGGCCCUCCACUGCCCGGUUUUCUGUGCGGGUGAACUCCACCGACCUCUUCCACGUGGAUCGGCGCGUGUGGACCACCCUGAAGGGCCGGGAUGGGCUUCAGGGCCCACGGGAGAGAGCCUUCCACACAGCCAGUGUCCUGGGCAACUACAUGGUGGUCUAUGGGGGCAACGUGCACACCCAUUACCAGGAGGAAAAGUGCUAUGAAGAUGGUCUCUUCUUCUAUCACCUCGGCUGCCAUCAGUGGGUGUCGGGGGCUGAGCUUGCCCCCCCAGGAACCCCUGAGGGCCGAGCAGCGCCUCCCAGUGGCCGAUACUCACAUGUGGCGGCUGUGCUUGGUGGCAGUGUCCUGUUGGUGGCUGGGGGGUACAGUGGCCGACCCCGUGGGGACUUGAUGGCCUACAAGGUGCCUCCCUUUGUGUUCCAGGCGCCUGCUCCGGACUACCACUUAGACUAUUGCUCCAUGUAUACCGACCAUAGCGUCUGCUCGCGAGACCCCGAAUGCAGUUGGUGUCAGGGAGCCUGCCAAGCCGCGCCACCUCCUGGGACUCCCUCUGGUGCCUGUCCAGCUGCCAGCUGCCUGGGACUGGGCCGCCUUCUGGGUGACUGCCAGGCCUGCCUGGCCUUCAGCAGCCCCACAGCUCCUCCCCGGGGGCCCGGCACCCUGGGCUGGUGUGUGCAUAAUGAGAGCUGCCUCCCCCGGCCUGAGCAGGCCCGCUGCCGAGGGGAGCAGAUCUCGGGCACCGUGGGCUGGUGGGGGCCUGCGCCUGUCUUUGUCACAUCCCUGGAGGCCUGCGUCACCCAGAGCUUCCUGCCUGGCCUGCACCUGCUCACUUUCCAGCAGCCGCCCAAUGCCUCCCAGCCCGACAAGGUCUUGAUUGUCCGCAGUACGACCAUCACUCUGACACCCAGCCCAGAGACCGAUGUGUCCCUGGUCUACCGUGGCUUCAUCCACCCACUACUGCCUGGAGGGCCCGGAGGGGCGGGGGCUGAGGAUGUAGCUGUGUGGGCCCGGGCCCAGCGUCUACAUGUCCUAGCCCGGAUGGCCCGGGGCCCUGACACAGAGAACAUGGAGGAGGUGGGGCGCUGGGUGGCUCAGCAGGAGAAGGAGACAAGGCGGCUACAGCGCCCAGGGUCUGCUCGCCUCUUCCCACUGCCUGGCCGGGGCCACAAGUAUGCGGUGGAGAUCCAGGGCCAGCUCAAUGGCUCGGCGGGCCCUGGGCACAGCGAACUUACACUGCUGUGGGACCGGACUGGCGUGCCAGGUGGCAGCGAGAUCUCCUUCUUCUUCCUGGAGCCCUACCGCUCUUCAGCUUGCUCCUCCUACUCCUCCUGCCUGGGCUGCUUGGCCGACCAGGGCUGCGGCUGGUGCCUGACCAGCGCCACCUGCCACCUGCGCCAGGGCGGGGCCCACUGCGGGGCCGACGGGGCUGGCGGGUCCCUGCUGGUGCUGGUGCCUGCCCUCUGCCCGCUCUGUGAGGAACACCGUGACUGUCACGCCUGCACCCAGGACCCCUUCUGCGAGUGGCAUCAGAGCUCCAGCCGCAAAGGGGACGCCGCGUGCAGCCGGCGGGGCCGGAGUCGGGGUGCCCUGAAGAGCCCAGACGAGUGUCCCCCGCUCUGCAGCCAGCGCCUGACCUGUGACGACUGCCUGGCCAACUCCAGCCAGUGUGCCUGGUGCCAGUCCACGCACACCUGCUUCCUGUUCGCAGCCUACCUGGCCCGCUACCCGCACGGGGGCUGCCGCGGCUGGGACGACAGCGUGCACUCGGAGCCUCGGUGCCGGAGCUGUGACCGCUUCCUGACCUGCCACGAGUGUCUGCAGAGCCACGAGUGCGGCUGGUGUGGCAAUGAGGACAACCCCACGCUGGGCCGGUGCCUCCAGGGGGACUUCUCGGGGCCGCUGGGCGGGGGGAACUGCUCCCUGUGGGUGGGGGAGGGCCUGGGGCUGUCUGUGGCCCUCCCCGCCCGCUGGGCUUAUGCCCGCUGUCCCGACGUGGAUGAGUGUCGCCUGGGCCUGGCGCGGUGCCACCUGCGGGCAACCUGCCUGAACACACCCCUCAGCUACGAGUGUCAUUGCCAGCGAGGCUACCAGGGCGAUGGCAUCACGUACUGCAACCGCACGUGCCUGGAAGACUGUGGCCACGGUGUGUGCAGCGGUCCCCCCGACUUCACCUGUGUGUGUGACCUGGGCUGGACGUCUGACCUGCCUCCGCCCACGCCCGCCCCGGGACCCCCGGCGCCCCGCUGCUCCCGGGACUGUGGCUGCAACUUCCACAGCCACUGCCGCAGGCGGGGGCCUGGCUUCUGUGAUGAGUGCCAGGACUGGACGUGGGGGGAGCGCUGCGAGCGGUGCCGGCCCGGCAGCUUUGGCAACGCCACCGGCUCGGGCGGCUGCCGGCCCUGCCAGUGCAACGGGCACGGGGACCCGCGCCGUGGCCACUGUGACAACCUCAGCGGGCUCUGCUUCUGCCAGGACCACACCGAAGGUGCCCACUGCCAGCUCUGCUCCCCUGGCUACUACGGGGACCCCCGGGCCAGUGGCUCCUGUUUCCGGGAGUGUGGGGGCCGCACCCUCCUCACCAACGUGUCCUCAGUGGCGCUGGGCUCACGCCGGGUGGGGGGGCCGCUGCCUCCAGGGGGUGGGGCAGCGAGAGCCGGGCCGGGCCUGUCCUACUGUGUGUGGGUUGUCUCGGCCACCGAGGUGCUACAGCCCUGUGCCCCCGGGACCCUCUGUCCCCCGCUCACCCUCACCUUCUCCCCCGACAGCAGCACCCCCUGCACGCUGAGCUACGUCCUGGCCUUUGAUGGAUUCCCGCGCUUCCUGGACACUGGUGUCGUCCAGUCGGACCGCAGCCUCAUCGCUGCGUUCUGCGGCCAGCGGCGGGACAGGCCCCUCACUGUGCAGGCCCUGUCUGGGCUGCUGGUGCUGCACUGGGAGGCCAACGGCUCCUCGUCAUGGGGCUUCAAUGCUUCAGUGGGCUCUGCCCGCUGCGGGUCGGGGGGCCCAGGGAGCUGCCCGGUCCCCCAGGAGUGUGUGCCCCAGGAUGGAGCUGCAGGUGCUGGACUCUGCCGAUGUCCCCAGGGCUGGGCUGGCCCCCACUGCCGCAUGGCUCUGUGUCCUGAGAACUGUAACGCUCACAGCGGGGCAGGGACUUGUAACCAGAGCCUCGGUGUGUGCAUCUGUGCCGAGGGCUUCGGGGGCCCUGACUGCGCCACGAAGCUGGACGGCGGGCAGCUGGUCUGGGAGACCCUCAUGGACAGCCGCCUCUCAGCUGACACUGCCAGCCGAUUCCUACACCGCCUGGGGCACACCAUGGUGGAGGGACCUGAUGCCACCUUGUGGAUGUUUGGGGGCCUCGGCCUGCCCCAGGGGCUGCUGGGGAACCUGUACAGGUACUCAGUGAGCGAGCGGCGGUGGACACAGAUGCUGGCGGGAGCCGAGGAUGGGGGCCCAGGCCCCUCACCCCGCUCCUUCCACGCGGCUGCCUACGUGUCCGCUGGCCGUGGUGCCAUGUACCUUCUGGGGGGACUCACAGCUGGGGGUGUCACUCGCGACUUUUGGGUCCUCAACCUCACCACCCUGCAGUGGCGGCAGGAGAAGGUGCCCCAGACCGUGGAGCUCCCGGCAGUGGCUGGUCACACCCUCACUGCCCGCCGAGGCCUGUCUCUGCUCCUGGUGGGCGGGUACUCCCCCGAGAAUGGCUUCAACCAGCAGCUGUUCGAGUACCAGCUGGUGACUGGCACCUGGGUGUCCGGAGCCCAGAGCGGGACACCCCCCACCGGUCUCUACGGUCAUUCUGCCGUGUACCAUGAGGCCACUGACUCCCUCUACGUGUUUGGGGGUUUCCGCUUCCACGUCGAGCUGGCAGCCCCGUCCUCUGAGCUCUACUCCCUGCACUGUCCUGACCGCACCUGGAGCCUGCUGGCCCCUUCCCAGGGGGCAAAGCCCCGCCCCCGGCUUUUCCACGCCUCAGCCCUGCUGGGGGACACCAUGGUGGUCCUUGGGGGGCGCUCGGACCCCGAUGAGUUCAGCAGUGACGUUCUGCUCUACCAGGUCAACUGCAACGCCUGGCUCCUGCCCGACCUGACCCGCCCAGCCUCUGUGGGGGCCCCGAUGGAGGAGUCCGUGGCCCAUGCUGUGGCAGCGGUAGGGGGCCGCCUGUACCUCUCAGGGGGCUUCGGGGGAGUGGCCCUGGGCCGCCUGCUGGCCCUGACCCUGCCCCCUGACCCCUGCCGCCUGCUACCCUCACCCGAAGCUUGUAACCAGUCUGGGGCCUGCACCUGGUGCCAUGGGGCCUGCUUGUCCUGGGACCAGGCCCAUAGGCUGGGCUGUGGGGCCCCCCCAUGCUCCCCCAUGCCUCGCUCCCCCGAGGAAUGUCGACGUCUCCGGACCUGCAGUGAGUGCCUGGCCCGCCACCCCCGGACCCUGCAGCCUGGAGAUGGAGAGGCAUCCGCCCCCCGCUGUAAGUGGUGUACCAACUGCCCUGAGGGCGCCUGCAUCGGGCGGAACGGGUCCUGCACCUCGGAGAAUGACUGUCGCAUCAACCAGCGAGAGGUGUUCUGGGCCGGGAACUGCUCGGAGGCCGUGUGCGGGGCUGCGGACUGCGAGCAGUGCACCCGGGAGGGCAAGUGCAUGUGGACCAGGCAGUUCAAGAGGACAGGGGAGACCCGCCGCAUCCUCUCAGUGCAGCCCACCUACGACUGGACAUGCUUCAGCCACUCUCUGCUGAACGUGUCCCCAAUGCCGGUGGAGUCGUCACCCCCGCUCCCCUGCCCCACUCCCUGUCACCUCCUGCCCAACUGCACCUCCUGCCUGGACUCCAAGGGUGCGGACGGGGGCUGGCAACACUGUGUCUGGAGCAGCAGUCUCCAACAGCACCAGAGCCAGAUCCUACAAAGUUCAAGUCCACAGGCCUAUCCCCAUUUCGAGGCCAGUCACGCCCUCAGACCACCUGUGCUUCUGACCAACGAACUGUAA